GCUCCAGGGGUUUAUCCACCGCCAGGAGCAGCUGAUGGUGGUGGCGGUGUUUGUGCUGUAGCCAGAGAGGAGUUUCGCUGAGCGUUGCUCCCGGGUGCUUUGCAGCGGUUCAUUGCCGCCAGGUGUGUGCUUUUGUGAGUUAUUACCAUCACUUUAAGUGUCACCAGAGCCUAAAGCUCAACACCCGGGGAAGAGAUGGCAUCUCUUCUUUACACAGAAAGAUGCUUUGAUAAGGCUUCACCGCAUUGUGGUGAGGAGAAACACAAGAAGGAGCGCUCCCAGACCCACUCUGCUGCCCCUGUGCCCUGCUGCUGCGACACCUCGCUCCUCUCGGUUGCGUUCACCUAGGACUGCAAAUGGGAAGUGCUUUAAUUCCCUGAGCGAGGCUGGAAAUCCAUAAUCAUGAAUAAGAACUGGGUGUUACAUCCCAUGUGUAUCUCAGAGGGUGUUUGGGCAGUCUUGACUGAUGUCAGCUGGGAUAGUUCAGAGCGUUACUCAUUAUGCAGAUGCAUUUGCUCACACCCGUUCCUAAUUACAAAUGAGUCAAGCAACCAAGAAAAAAAACAAACUAAAAGGAAAAAUGUUUUUCCUAGUGGCGAUCUGUGUUGCGUUACCUGCCAGCAAAUAACCAUCUUCAGAAACAGCCCCUUGGAGCCAACGGUGCUUGAGAGAGGAGCACAGAAGCUGCUGCAAUGAAGUCUGGAGAACCAGGACAGGGAAAGCAUCCAGGCACCCUGAGGGGAUGGGCACCUGCUGCGGCACGGGGCUCCGGCCACCUCGCACUGCUUCUGGCCUUGCUGGUGCUUCAAGGCUUGCCUGUGGCUCGCAGUGACUGUGGGCCUCCACCUCGCAUGACUCACUCCAGACCAUCCAGUGACGAGCACACCAGCAGCUUCCCCAUUGGAUCCAGGGUGAUGUACACGUGCAUCGAAGGCGCCAUCAAAAUCCCCGGGCGCUCGGAGACGGUGGAGUGCCUGCCUGGUGCACGCUGGUCAAACCUGCCCGAGCCCUGCGGCCGGAGCUGCGGUGCCCCGACAAGGUUGCGGUUUGCUGCCCUGUCCAAGGAGGAUGAGAGGAUUAAUUUCUUUCCCGUUGGGACCAACGUGAGCUACGUCUGCCGCCCUGGCUAUGAGAACAUCUCAGAUAGUUCCCCCACCAGCUCUUGCCUUGAGGACCUGGCGUGGUCGGAACCUGCUGAGCUGUGCAGGAGGCGAUCCUGCGGCCGCCCGGGAGCGCUGCCCGGGGGCAGGAUGGGCGCUCUCACAGACCUACUGUUCGGUGCAAGAGUGAACGUGUUCUGCGAAGAGGGGUACAAGUUAGAUGGGAAUCACUUCAUCCAGUGUCAGCUGAAAGGAAAUGAUGUCGCAUGGAGUGAACUUCCCACCUGCGAACUAAUUACCUGCUCUUCACCCCCUCAAAUAAACAACGGAAAGCACGAUGGCGAAGGUGUAGAAAAAUUCGUUUAUAACUCAACCGUGACUUACAGCUGCGACUCUGGCUUCCAGCUCCUUGGAAGUGGGAGCAUCCGUUGUACGAGUACGGACAAAACGAACGGAGUCUGGAGCGGAGCUGCACCUGAAUGCAAAGAGAAAAGAACAUCUAUCAAACUUGGAGAAAGGAGUCCUCCUCCCCAAAGUUCCCCUGGAAAUGGCAUCCAACCAGCUAAGAAGGCUCUUAUGUGGGAGAAGAAACUCAGCCUUCAUAAAAAGUCACUCCAAAAUACCAUCUCCUUCUCCCAUUCCUCUUUCUCCAGGACACCAGUGCCAAGGAGCUGUUCUACCUCAGCAUUCAGAUUUGUUCUACCUCUGUACAAAACCCAAAACUACUAUCCUCCCUGGACCCGCCAAGGACCCGUGUGUCUUCCAAAGUACAUGGGGAUCUCUGGCAUCCUUCCCCAAGUCGGCUGCUUCGAAAACAUAAAACGGACUAAAGUUGCAUCGUUUUGUGCAACGAGAUCCUGGGCAGCCAGGAAAAGCCCAACGUGGAAGAAGUGCUGCUACAACAGGUUCCCCAUCCGUUGCAAAGGAUUAUUUUACCCAUAAAGACGGUGAGCGUCGGCUGUGCUGGAAAUGGUGUCGAGGUGGGAAUCACAGGAGUGUAACAGUAAGUAAUAAAGACAAAACACCCAUUGGAGGGUCUCGCCAUGCAGCUGGAAACCAGAUGAAAAGCAUUUCUCCAGUGUCAAGGUCCAGAUGAACUUGCCCAUCCCUGAACCAUGUCUCUUGGGUCAUAGAACCAUAGAAUCACAGAAUGGUUUGAGUUGGAAGAGACCUUAAAGCCCAUCCAGUUGUAUCCCCUGCCAUGGGCAGGGACACUCCCGCCGGACCAGGCUGCUCAAAGGUCCAUCCAGCCUGGCCUUGGGCACCUCCAGGGAUGUGUUUUGGUCAAAACCAGCAAAUCGGUCACUCCUGUUGUGGUGGAUUUUGCACGUGAAGCGGCACAGCCCAGGUCCAUGGCAUGAACGUGGUGAGGCUGGUGGUGAAGUCCCAGCUGAUCCCACCAGCCUUUUUGCAGGCAGGGGCUGGGAAGCCUCUGCUUCUCCGAACACCCUCAGACCUUCUGCAGAAUUUCUGACGGAGCUCGGCUGUGUCACAACCCAUCUGACUCUGUGUUUCCACCCUGCACACUUCCCUGCUCACUAGCAACGCUGAUCUGCUGCCACAACAAUGGCCAUAAAUACACAGCCCCGGCACCCACAGCUCUGCCGGGCUCGGCUGCUCCCUCCGCUCACCGGGAAUUCCUGGCCGGAGCACGGGCGGGUUGCGGAUGCACCCAGGCAAGAUGCCAGCAGGGCUGUGCUGGAAGCAAACCGCUGACCGCCCUGCCUUGUGAAAUUAUGAGCUCAUAUCUUUUAGGAAAUUCUAGUGCUUCACACCCUAAGUUGAAUGUUGAUUUUUAUACUUUCAGUGCUUUAAGCACUUUCUUCACCAAAAGCCUUUUUUUUUUUGUAUCAGACGUGAGUCCUUCAGUCUAUAUUUCUGCUCAGACUACAUGAACGAUAAGAGCAGGAGCAGUCCGUGUAUCUACUCAUCUCCUAUACUUCUGCUUUCCAAGCGGAGGAAGGCAGUUCUGUGACACCGCAGGCUGUGAGCACAUCCACUACGCCCAGAAGGAACUGCUAAAUGAGUGCUCAGUGCUGUCACACUGCAACAGAGAGCUGGAAAUGUCAGGUUUUUGUUGUUGCCUUGCCC